AAAGAGACAGAGGGAGGGGUGAAGAAGGUUAUUUAUGCCGUUGCAGAUCUAAUGGUAUGUACUUUCAGUUAUGGCUUUGUACAAAGUGAUCUGUGCGGCGACUCUGCUGACUCUCCUGACACAAGAGUCUCACUCACAACUAGAUGUGUGUGGUCGGCCUCCGCUCAACACCAAGAUUGUUGGAGGACAGGAGGCCUCUGCAGGCAGCUGGCCCUGGCUGGUCGAUCUGCGAUUCUCUGAGGUCCACUUAUGUGGAGGAUCCCUCAUUAACAAUCAAUGGGUGCUGACUUCCGCUCAGUGCUGCUCAAGCGAAGGUGUAGGCCCAGACAAUCUGACUGUGGUUCUGGGUCUCCAGAAUCAACAGGGAUCAGGCUCCAGCCAAGUGUCUCAGACAGUUACACAGAUCAUUGUUAAUCCCAACCAUAUCUCUGGAAGUUUUGACAAUGACAUCUGUCUCGUGAAGCUCUCCUCACCGGUAAAUUUCACGAACUACAUCCAGCCCGUCUGCCUGGCAGCGCAAGGCAGCACCUUCUACAACGGAACCGACUCCUGGCUUAGCGGCUGGGGCGACACUGCAACUAAUGUGUCCUCAAAUUCCCCAGGAAACCUAACAGAGUUGGAGCUGUUGAUUCUGGGGAACAGACAGUGUAAUUGUAGCUUUGGAAGGGGCUUACUCACAAGCAACAUGAUUUGCGCCGGGUUAAAUGCUGGAGGGCAGGUCUCCUGUCAGGGGGAUUUAGGAGGUCCAUUGGUGAGCAAGCAGGGCGGUCGCUGGAUCCAGGAGGGAAUUGUGACUCUGGGAAAUGACUGUACUGGGCCUAAUUUCCCAGCAUUGUUCGCCAGAGUUUCCCAGUAUCAGUCCUGGAUCAACAGCCAGAUCACCAGCAACCAGCCAGGCUUCCUCACCUUCAUGUCCAAUGGGACUGACAGUGACCUCAGCUUCACCUGUCCUGUUCCGCCACCAACAACCACAGCCCCACCUGUGGUCUGUGGCCAAGCCCCACUGAAUUCACGUAUUUUGGGAGGAAGCUCUGUGGCGACAGCUGGUGUUUGGCCAUCGAUGGCGAGCCUACGAAACAAUGGAAGUCAUGUGUGCGGCGGGACUCUGGUGGCUUUAGACUUUGUGUUGAGCGACGCCAACUGCUUCUCAAGUUCACCCAUAGCGUCUGAAUGGACUGUCGUUUUGGGUCGUUUGAAUCAGAAUGGAUCCAACCCCUUUGAGGUGACACUGAAAGUGACAAAUAUCACUCUGAGCAACUUCACUGGGUCUAAUGUAGCAGUGCUGCGUCUGGCAACCAGACCCACCCUGUCCAACCACAUCCAGCCCAUCUGCCUGGACAACGGACAAACCUUCACUGUGGGCUCGACGUGCUGGGCUGCUGGCUGGAGCGCCGGGCAAGGAGGGGUUCUGCAGGAGGUCCAGACCUCGGUGGUAAACUGUGGAAACGCGUCAACAAGUGACAGCAUUUGUACGAGCUCUUUCACUCUAGCGCAGGGUGAUGCUGGCGGUCCAAUGAUGUGUAAGCUGGGCGGCUCUUGGUUCCAGGCAGCAGUGUUGUCAGUUCAAAACAACAGCACCAGUCAAACACGAGCAGAUCCAGUGAUGGUCUUCACCAAACUCAGCCGCUUUCAGACCUUCCUGGCUCAGAUAUUGGGGACGUUCUUAUCUCCAGCCUCCACCAGCAGCAGCACAGCUGCUACCACUACACCUACUACCAGCGGGGGCGCUCCUGCUCACUCACCCAUCUUCUUCUUCCAUCUCCUCAUCUUCUCUGUGUGUCUCCACGUCUUCUCAUAGAUGCAACAAGCACAGAUGAAUGUAAACAAGCUUGAAUUUAUCAGUGGAGGCAUAAAGCUGCAUUAAUUAAUCUAUGACUUGAUUCUGCCUCUGACGGCUAGAGAUCAAAGAAGAACUUCUUGAUGCCAACUGCUUUCCGUCUAAAAUGAAGGGUGUAAAAUGAAUAAAAAUUGAUUGUUUAAGCAGCACUGACCAAAUGUAUGUACAUGUUUCCAGCAGUUUUCCAGCAGUUCAUGGUUUUGAAGCUGUAUAGACCAAAAGGACAUAUGUACCUGUUUAAUUUUUUUUCAUUUAAUACAAUAUGUGAAAUAAUAAAAUACAAUAUGUGAAAUAAUAAAAUAUGUGAAAUCUAA